AUGGACGCAAACCAAGAUGCGCGCCAUGUCAUCGAGAUAAGGGAAUCUCCAGGAAAAGGUCUGGGCACCUUUGCAAAGACCAACAUACCCCGUGGCACUCGUAUCUUGGCCGAAUCAUGUCUACUCAAAAUAAAAUGUGAUGGCGAUGAGGAACCAUCCGCAACAGCCAUCUUGCAAGCCUUUGAAAGCCUUUCUCCUUCACAGCAAAAAUCAUACCUAGAGCUCCAUACUUAUGCGUGCGAUUUGGACAAGCAAAUUCUCGGGAAGCAAACGGGACAGAGCUGGGAAGAAUUGCCAGAAAUUCAUAGGGAAGUGCUUAGCAUCUACACAGCAAACUCGUUUUGUUCCAUAUACCUGCUCGGAUCUCGCUUCAAUCAUUCUUGCCUUCCGAAUACAACUCAUUCGUACAACCCCCAGCUCGACAUGGAGACUUUCCAUACUAUUCAAGACAUCAGUGCAGGUGAAGAGUUGCUUAUUACGUACAUGGAUGGGAGCAAUUGGGUUAGGAGCAAGCGCCAGGAAUACUUGCAGAAAUGGGGAUUUGAGUGCAGCUGCCCGGUCUGUGAGGAUACCCCGGAAGGCAGAGCGAAAGAGGAGAAACGGUUGAUAAUGUCCCUGCUGAGUGACGAUCUCGAGGAUCUCCUCACCCUUGACACGGAGGAAUCACCGGAAGAGGCACUGAAAUUAACGCAGAAGCUGGCUGCGAUACAAAAGUCCGAAGGACUUGUAGGCCGGGAAUUAUGUUUUUCUUAUUACUACGCUGCUAAAGUUAAUACCCGACUGGGAAAUGCAAGAAUGGCUCUGUUAUGGGCUGAUAAAGGGCUGGAAGUUGAUCGUUACUGUGUGGGCGAGGACCAUCCCGAGUACACGACCACGUUGGAGGCUUUUACGCGGUUGCAAGUAACAUUGAGCAAGGUAUCAGGAUUCGACGACCAGAUGAUGAAAUAUCUCAGCAACCUUGGCUCUGUUUCCGAUAGCUUGGCUUGA